UAUCCGCAUUUUAGUUUCACUCCAUGCCAUUCAGGAGGCUGACCUCAAAACUGUGUAUUGGGUUUUUUUUAAUGGCGUUUAUUUCGAUAUUCAUUUCAUAAACGUGUGUUUUUGUAAAAGAGACCUAGAUCAGUGUAUAUUUUGCAGUGAAAGUCAUGGCCACACUGGUUUUACAGGGUGUCAGGUGUUUUAUUUCCAGGCCAUUCAUUCUCCAUAAUAAGUCUUAUUGGAGCUCCUACACAACAUGUACACAACUGUUAAAUAGGGCAACUUGCACUCAGCUGAAUGCAGCAGCUCUCACAUGCAGAAGUCCUGUAUUUCCCAAUGUGAGGACUCUGUCUUCUGUCCCUCCACCACCAUCACCUGGAGACAAAAAAUCUACAGAGAAGAAGUUUGGUCCCGUCACAUGGAAAUCUCUCGCUAUCACGUUUGCCUUGGGUGGAACUCUUCUUCUGGGCAUGAAAUACUUUAAAAAAGAAAAAGAGGAAAAGUUUGAGAAAGAGAGAACAAGGUCUUUAGGGAAACCAGCCCUUGGAGGUCCAUUCUCUCUCGUGGAUCACAACGGCAAACCCUCAAAAAGUGAAGACUACCUCGGCCAAUGGGUGCUGAUCUAUUUUGGAUUCACACACUGUCCAGAUAUCUGUCCUGAUGAACUGGAGAAAAUGAUUGCAGUCGUGGAUGAAAUUGACAGGAUAAAGACGCUCCCAGAUUUAACACCGGUUCUGAUCACGAUCGAUCCAGAAAGGGAUACACCUGAGGCACUGGCAGCAUAUGUCAAAGAGUUCUCCCCAAAGCUGAUAGGCAUGACAGGAACAACGGCACAAAUCGAGCAGGUCUCCAGAGCCUACAGAGUGUACUACAGUCAGGGUCCAAAAGAUGAAGACAACGACUACAUUGUGGAUCAUACCAUCAUUAUGUACCUGGUGGGUCCUGAUGGAAAGUUUGUAGACUAUUACGGCCAGAACAAGAAGUCAGCUGAGAUCUCCUCUUCUAUUGCGUCACACAUGAGGAAGCACAGACAGGCCAAGUAAUGAAAGAUGGAAAGAUUAAUGUACUCAAUGGUCUCACGUUGUUCUCACGUGACUCUGUGAAUAUUCAUAAUUACUUUAAUAUCAAUUUCUGUAUAAAAGAUUGUUUGCAUAUUAAAAGGGUAUUAAAUAAAA